UCAUCAUCAUCAUCACUCACUUCCACAUGCUUCGAAGAAACGCCUGAACCUUUGGAUUCCGGGCAUGCUGCGCCAAUUUGAUCAAUCCCGAGAUGAAUGUUUCAUUCUCUCUUCUUCCUUCUUACAAUCUCGGAAUCUGCGCUUCUUUCCGCUGGGGAACUUAGAUGCUGUGCUGCUGCGUUCCUCAACAACUGUAGCGGUUCGGCUUUUGUUUUGAAGGUUAAUGGCUUGUUUUAAAGACAAUUUAAUACUGAGAAUCGCAGUGGUGAAGUUACGGCCCUGUUAAAUCUGAGGUUUUAUCGUCUGAAAGGUUGUUGGAACCACAUGCUCAAGCAUGUACAAUACUUUUGAUCUUUGAUAACUUUACAGUGAUCCCAGUUGAUAGUAUUUCUCUUUGUCAUUGUUGGAAGUUUAAAUCUGUUAAAAAUGAAAGAGAUCGACAAGAGAAAAACUCCUAUUAAGAACCAGAGUAAACGAACUCCUAGAGCCGAGAGGAAAGAACGCAAGCCACAACAAGAGACUAUUAGCAAAACUGUAGAUGCUAAAGAAACCGCACCUAAGGCAUUGGAUAUCAAGCCAAACAAUUUAGUAAGCGAGUCGAACACAAACACGAAACCUGCAGAGGUUCAUCAAAACUGGGCUGUAGAUCAUGUUGCUGAUGCCAAUAAGUUUGAGGAGACACAUCAAGAUUCUAACGCCAAUGCAAUUGCUGACAGAGAGAAUGAGAAUGGUGCUGUAGAUUAUAAAUGUACGACGUUGGAGAAAGAUCUCAAUCACAGGAAGGAAGAAAUUUCAGAUUCAGAGACCACAGCGGAUUCGGUUUCGUCAAAAAGUGAUUCACUGACAAUGAAGGAAGAGAAAGUUGAAAGAGUAUCAUUUCCUGAAAAUGUUUUAGAAGAUAACAGUUCAGAUUUCUCUCUUCACAAUUCAAGUGAACAAUUUGAUCACGGUAUAAAUAAACCACCGUCCAAGGAAAUUCAGACAGCAAAUUCAGACAGAGACCCUCCUAGAAUAAAAAACAAAAAGUCUUCCAAAAGCAAUUCUAGGAGUGCAAAAAUUGUGCCUAAACCUUCAUCAGAAUCUUCUGAAGGAACCGAUUACCAGAUUGUUGCUGAGGUAAAGGAUAUUGAAGUUUUGGAUGAGGCAUUAAAUGGUGUUCUCAGCAUUAGAAAUGGUCCCGAUACAAUUGGUGACGAUGAUGAUCUAGUUGAUUGUGAACAAAAAAUUGAAGAAAUGGAAAAAAGAAUUGAUAAACUUGAAGAGGAGUUGAGAGUUGUUGCGGCCCUUGAAAUGUCUAUUUAUUCAGUGGUACCAGAGCAUGGGAGUUCCGCACAUAAAGUGCAUACACCUGCUCGACGCCUGUCUAGAAUUUACAUUUACGCCUGCAAACAUUGGUCUCAAGACAAACGCGCCACGGUUGCAAGGCACAUUGUAUCAGGGCUAGUUCUAAUUGCGAAAUCAUGUGGGAGUGAUGUUCCCAGGUUAACCUUCUGGCUAUCAAAUACUAUUGUGACGAGGGAGAUAACAUCUCAAACAUUUAACAGCGUCCGUAGCUCGAAUGGUGGGAACCCAACAGCUGUUCAAUGGAGGAAUAGAUAUGGAAGUAAACAAGUAAAUAAGUACAACCAGUGUGAAGAGGAUUGGCAAGAGACAGGAACUUUUAUGGCCGCAUUAGAACGAGUUGAAUCCUGGAUCUUUUCACGGAUAGUUGAAUCUGUUUGGUGGCAGUCUUUAACACCAAAUAUGCAACCUCAAGACGCAUCCAAAAACAAAAACAGGGAACGAUUAACGGGUCCUCCCCUCGGUGAUCAACAGCAAGGGAACUUCUCUAUUAACCUGUGGAGAAGUACUUUUCAGGAUGCUUUUCAACGACUCUGUCCUGUCCGAGCAAGCGGUCAUGAGUGUGGUUGUCUUCCUGUUCUUGCAAGAAUGGUUAUGGAACAGUGUGUUUCCAGGCUAGACGUGGCAAUGUUUAACGCUAUUCUCCGCGAGUCUGCCCAUGAGAUUCCAACUGAUCCCGUCUCAGAUCCUAUUGUUGAUGCCAAGGUUCUUCCUAUACCUGCUGGAAAUUUGAGCUUCGGAUCGGGCGCACAGCUAAAAAAUUCUGUUGGAAAUUGGUCUAGAUGGUUAACCAACGUGAUCGGUAUCGAUGCCGAUGACUCUUCGGUAGAUCAACAUGGCAGUGACGAUGACAUUAAACCAGAUGCAGAUGGAAGAUCCAAAUCAUUUCCUCUACUUAAUUCAUUGAGUGAUCUCCUGAUGCUCCCAAAAGACAUGCUUACUGAUCGCUCAGUUAGAGAAGAGAUCUGCCCGUCGAUUAGUCUUCCGUUGAUUACGAGAAUACUUUGUAAUUUCACUCCAGAUGAGUUCUGCCCCGAUCCCGUUCCGGGAACUGUCUUGGAGUUGCUUAAUGCUGCGAGUAUAGUCGAACGGAGAGUGUCGGGUUACUCGGGGAUGAACUUCCCUUACAUAGCUGCUCCAGUUGUCUAUAUUUCUCCUUCAACAUCUGAUGUGGCAGAAAAAGUUGCAGAGGCUGGAGGAAAAUCCCACUUGGAAAGGAACAUCUCCUGUAUUCAGAGGAAGGGAUAUACAAGCGAUGAAGAACUUGAGGAACUGGAUUCUCCUCUCUCGUCGAUUGUCGAUAAACCGACGACUUUGUCCCCGACAUACAAUGCUGAUGGUAAUGGCUGCCAUGAAGACGAUACGACGUUCAACAUGAGGUACAAACUCCUACGAGAAGUAUGGUCGGUAUGAUGAAUGCUCAAACAAGUCUUGUAUGUAUAAUAUUUAUAACAUAUAUAGAUUGUUUCUUUAUGAAAGACUGUUGAAUUUGAAUGAGGAAAGUAGAAAUAACAUAGAGGAAAGUGAGUCAAUUUAGAUGAUCACAGAGAUUAUGUAUAAGGUUAUCUCAGCCAUAUCUUAUUGUAUAUUGCAUUUGAGUUUUAGUUAUUAUAUAUAAACCAUGAACACAUUUUCAUUCCA